AUGUUCCCUAUGUUCUUCAAGCUGCAGAGCGUCUCGCCCGUGGUGCUGGGCCUCACUGCUCCGUUUGCGCUGUCCAGCUGGGCGCUGUCGAGUCUUGCCGUGGCCUCGCUGGGCGGGCUCACGAACCUGCUGUGGCUGAUGCCCUGGACGCGCCGGAUCAAGGAGCAAAGGUGGGAAGUCAAGGAGAAGUACAAGGACGACGCGGAGAAGCUGGAGGAGCUGGACGCUCCGCUACGCAAGGAGUUCGGCAAGAGCCACGGCCUGAGCCUGCUGUUCAAUGUGACACACAUCACCGGCCUGCUCGCCUACGGGAUCAUCCUCUCCAGAAACAUUGCCAGAUACAUCCCCAAGUAG